UAUUAAUUUAUAUUUUAGACGAGCAAAAACAUGUUUUUAAAUAGUUUCGUAAAUCCACCGCACUCACACCACAGAGAUUGUAAAUCCUGGCUUGCGACAGAAAAUCAACACAGGGGUCACCUAGAGUUAUUGAGCACGAGAAGUAGAAUAGGAACAGGGGUAGAUAGUUCACAAGUUAAGAACACCUUAUAUUCUACAGGUGAUAUAUAUCGCGGGAAGGAGAGAGUACCCUGUACCCUAGCUCCAAGACCAGUGACGCCCCCUAAACCCCGCACAUGGCUUGUAGGAGAUGAAGCAUGGGAGUCUGUAAAGAGAGAGGUGGAGAGAAUCAAAUCUGCUCGGAAUGAAGAGGAGGCAAAAAGAGCAGAAGAACUACUCAGGAAAAGAGAAGAAACAGAAGAAGAAAGAAGAGUUAGAAUUGAUAAGUUAGAAAAGGGAUUGGUUGAGGACUGGGGUUUCCAGCUGAAACUGAAGAAGAGGGAGGAGGGGAAGGAUAAGGAGGAGGAGAACUACAGGAUACUCAGGGAGAACAAGGAAUUUGCCGAAUCCAUUCUAGCAGAAAAUGAAAGAAAAAAAGUCGAGAAAGAUCAAGUAAAACGGAUGGCUUCGGAAGAUGAGGAACGGAAGCGGAAAGAAUCCAAAAAUAAAAAAAUUAGUGAUUUGACAGCAGGGGUACAGUUUUAUACUCAAGCUAAGAAAGACUUUAACAAAUUCAAGGCAGAGGAGGUAGAACUAGAGAAGAUAGAAGAAGAAAAGAGAAAAGAGCUAGAGUUGAAGUUCCAACAUCAAAUGGAGACUAAAAAGCAUGAACAAAUGUUCAUGCAGAAUUUGCAUCAGGCUCAAGGAAAGGAAUCACAAAAAAAUCUGAGAGAACUGGAAAAACUGAAAAAAGAUUUUUUAAGAGAAGAAGAGAUGAGGAGAAAGGAAGAAAUUGCUUGCUUUAGGAAUAGAAACGUUAUCUCAGAAAUGGCUUCUGGAGGAGAUACAUGUUAG